AUGUCUCAGUACGCAAACUAUACCACGACUUCCAUGUCCGAAUACUACAAACUUGGUCAUAUGGAGUUGGUUGGAAACGAUAUGCUCAACGGACGCGUCAGCUAUCUUCCACAUCACAGCGUGCUAAAGGACUCAAGCACUACGACCACGUUGCGUGUCGUGUUCAACGCAUCAAAGCGAACUUGCCAUCUAGAGCUUGUGAGCGAUAUGACUGCCGAGGCGUUUAUAGCUGCUCUAAAUCGUUUUGUUGCUACUCGAGGCCUUUGCACAGAUGUCUACAGCGAUAAUGGUACCACAUUUGUAGGCGCAAACGCACUUUUGGCCGGCGAACGAGAAGCUUUGAAAGCUCAGCUUCAAGCAGCUGCAUCGUACACUUCUCGUCGUGAAAUAAACUGGCAUUUCAUACCACCUGCCGCCCCUAACUUUGGGGGCAUCUGGGAGGCUGCGGUGAAAAGCAUGAAGGUGCACCUAAAACGAGUAGUUGAACAGGCUACUUUAACUUUUGAGGAGCUGUACACCGUACUAAAACAAAUUGAAGCCUGCCUCAAUUCACGGCCACUAACCGCGCUCAGUGACGAUCCCGACGAUCUCACGGCGUUAACUCCGGGGCACUUCUUGGUCGGCAGAGCUCUUACAACCACCCCGGAAGGAUAUUCGUUUAACGCUAAUAUGACACAUCUCACUAGGUGGAAACAGCUUACGCAGAUGUAUCAUGACUUCUGGGUACGAUGGUCGAACGAAUAUCUUCAAGGACUCCAAGCUAGAAACAAGUGGCGCCAACAAAACCCAAACAUCGAAGUUGGGCAGCUUGUCCUUAUUCGAGACGAACGUUCACCCCCAACGCAGUGGCCGUUGGGGCGAAUAUUGGACAUCCAUAAAGGAUCAGAUGGCAUCGUACGAGUGGUGAUCGUCAAAACUAAAUCUUCAACGCUCAAACGACCCGUCAACAAACUUUCUAUCUUACCAAUCGAUAAACCACUCGCAGACGGGUUUCUAAUCGGCCGCCGAUCACUGCUUUGCCAGUAUUGGGAAAAAUACGUCAAAAUCUAUGACGAAGUCUCAAACGCUGCUGACGAUGCCAGCACUACUGAGCUGGCACAGCCGGCUUUGGACGCGUACAACGAAAUCGAGCGCAUCUACACCGAAACUUUGGGGGAGCUGAACGAUAUGAUUGAGGCAACGAGCUCCCCUAUCAUUACGGAGUCACCAACAAUUCCUGCAACUGCUGCGUAUCCGGUUCAUAGCCUUCCACCAAUUAAACUACCACCUUUCGAUGGGUCAUUUUUGCGCUGGUACCCCUUCAAGGAUUUAUUCACGUCGAUCGUCAUCAAAAAUCGAAACUUGUCAGACACGCAGCGCUUGCAGUAUUUAAAGGACAGUCUCAUUGGCGAAGCGAAAAACUCACUGGAUAACAUUGCUACAACAGACGGUAACUUCACUGUCGCCUGGUGCUUGCUGGAGCGCAAAUUCGACAACAAACGCAUCAUUAUCAAUGCACAUCUAACCGAAAUUACAAAUUUGCAACCGAUACGAAGAGAAUCCGCCGCCAAUUUGCGAUCAUUGAUUGACAGUGUCACCGCAUCGUUACGUGCAUUAGAACAACUUGGUCGUCCGGUAGCUCACUGGGACGACUGGCUCAUCUACACUGUUGUGCACAAGCUUGACAGUGCCUCUGUACGUGCGUGGGAGCUGUCUAUCUCCUCCAACAACACACUUCCAACUUUCGAUGAUUUACGUAUUUUCAUCGAAAAUCAAACCAAAUCAUUGGAAGUCGUGCAAAGCUUCGCAGAUUCUAAACCAAGUAAUUUACAGUCGAAGGACACUACAACUACCAAAUCCAAACAACACGAUUUGAAAGGGUACCACACUACUGAAGCGAGUUGCCCUUGCUGUUCUAGCAAGCACUACAUCUUAUUUUGUACGGACUUUCGUAACCAAAUGCCCCAGCAGCGAUACAAGACAGUACAGCAAGCAAGCCUGUGCAUGAACUGUUUGCGCUCUGGUCACAAAGCUCAUCAGUGCUCGUCAAAACGCCGUUGUCAAAAAUGCAAUUCGGCUCACCACACUAUGAUUCAUGAGUACUGCGCAAACAACCAACCGACUCCACCUGCGACCAUGAAAUCUUCGUCAGCAAGCAACCAAAGUCCUAUAUCCACAUACAACGCAUCCAUCACUCAGCAGACCUUUUCGGUUGUUCCUACAGUGCUACUCGGAACAGCGUUAGUCGAGCUGCAUUCUAACACCGGUCACACCAUGGUACUACGCGCUUUGUUAGAUAGCGGAGCUGAAGCCACCUUUAUCAGUGAAUACGUAGUAUCCCAGCUUAAACUAUCGAAGUCGCCGCUGCGUAUUCCAUUAAAUGGAGCUAACGGUCAAAGGUUGGCUACAACCACUGGCUCGGUGGAGUUUUCGCUACGUUCAACUAUUUCAACUUUCGAAAUGCGCUGCACUGCUCUAGUAUUGCCACGCGUAGGAAACCUGAGUCCAUCUGUGAACUAUCAUCCUGAACACUUUAAGCCGUUUUGGGACCUUAAACUUGCCGAUCCUAAAUUCAACAUAUCAGGAGCUAUCGACGUCAUUUUGAGUGCUGGUGACUACGCCACAAUCAUGCUCAACGAUAUCAAGCGUAGCCCCAACACUAAUGUCAUCGCACAAAAUACGCAAUUAGGAUGGGUUAUUUUCGGCAGCCUACCAGAACGAGGUAACUCAUCAAUGAAGGCCGCUUAUGACUGCUAUUGCACUAGACUGGAGCUAGAUGUACUUCUUCGUCGAUUCUGGGAGCAGGAAGAGGUAGCCGUGCAACAAACCUUAACUAAAGAUGAGAUAUUCUGCAACGAGUUCUUUGAAUCUACUACGCAACGCACUGAGACAGGUCGGUAUGUGGUACGACUCCCGGUCAAAAAUGAAUCGGGCCUUUCUCAACUUUCAUCAACACGAGAGGCUGCACUAUCGUUAUUAAGUACCAUGGAACGCCGUUUAAAUCGAGAUGCCUCAGUACGCAAACUAUACCACGACUUCAUGUCCGAAUACUACAAACUUGGUCAUAUGGAGCUGGUUGGAAACGAUAGGCUCAACGGCCGCGUCAGCUAUCUUCCCCAUCACAGCGUGCUAAAGGACUCAAGCACUACGACCAAGUUGCGUGUCGUAUUCAACGCAUCAAAGCGAAGUGGGUCUGGGUUGUCGUUGAACGACUGCCUACACACAGGUCCAAAGUUACAGAAGGAUCUUGCUUCCGUCGUCUUGAACUGGCGCAAAUACCGAAUUGCCUUCACAGCCGACAUCGAAAAGAUGUACAGGCAAAUUUUGGUCCAUCGGGAAGACGUCGACUUGCAACGAAUAGUCUGGCGAUUCGGCGAUGGAGAGUCAACCUCAACCUUUCGGUUAUUAACGGUUACUUAUGGAACCAAUUGUGCGCCGUUCCUUGCUAUGAAGGUUUUACAAGCGCUUGCUAGAGAUGAACAACAACAGUUUCCGCACGCCUGUUCCACACUAUUGAACGAAUUCUAUGUAGAUGACGUUCUAUCUGGUGCUGGAACCAUUUUUGAGGCCAAUCAACUCAGAGGUGAACUACAACAACUUUUGCUAGCUGGAGGUUUCAAACUCCGAAAAUGGAACUCUAAUUCUACUGAUAUGCUGCGAGAAAUAGAUCCUGAAGAUCGUGGGGAUAAGGACCCGUAUGAGCUUAACACUGAAACCGAGUCGAAGGCCUUAGGCAUCGUUUGGAUGACACACUCCGACUGCUUCAGCUACAAAAUAACGCUUAACCCUGCUGAUCGACGAUUCACUAAGCGCCAACUGCUUUCAGACGUCGCGAAGUUAUUCGACCCGCUGGGCUUCUUGGCUCCAGUACUAAUACGAGGAAAGAUUUUAUUCCAGCAAUUAUGGACGCUUGGAAUCGGCUGGGAUGAGGAGCUUCCUGAAUCAAUCCAAAACGAGUGGGGAAUGCUUCGUGCCGAAUUAGAGAGCUUAAGCAAACUCAGAGUUCCACGCUGGAUACAAACGUCUCACAAUGCCACCUCGUUUGAAUAUCACGCAUUCGCAGAUGCAUCUGCACAAGCAUAUGCCGCGGUGGUGUACCUAAAGGUGAUUUCGGAGCGCGGCGCACAUGUCACCUUACUUAUAGCCAAAACUAAGGUGGCGCCACUCAAAAGGGUUACUAUACCACGACUCGAGCUUUGUGCAGCACUGCUGGCUGCCCAACUCAUCAAAAAGGUUCAAGGAGUUCUUAAGCUGCAAACAGUCGACACGUUUUUUUGGUCGGAUUCAACCACUGCGCUUGGAUGGAUUCGGUCAAACCCCGGCAAGCUUAAAGAAUUCGUUGCUAAUCGAAUCACUCAGAUACACGAAAUCACAUCCAGCGACACAUGGAGGUAUGUGCGCACAUUCGACAACCCAGCGGACUGUGCAUCGAGGGGAAUAUCGCCAGGUCAACUACUCAACCAUGCGCUUUGGUGGACGGGGCCACCGUGGCUACAAUCAUCUGCCGACAGUUGGCCGCAACUACGCACACCGGUUCCUCAUCCGCUUCCUGAAAUGAAAACCAUUAAGUUGCUAAACACGCAGACCGCAGUGGCUGAGUCAUCAAUCCUCGAAAAGUAUUCUGAUCUUG